CGCAAGGUGGCUUCUCCUAUCUGAACUCUUAUCCAGAUCAGAUCCAUAGCCAUAUUACAUUCUCAACAACGAACACGCGACCACUCUCUAUUCAAAACAUACAGCAGUUCAGUUGAGCCUCACGAUACACACGACAGUGGAUCCCGCAUUGGCACCAUGCAAUGGCUCACCGUGUCCCUGCUACCGGUCGUCAUCGUCGCGUGCUGGUUAUACACGGUGCACGUUGCGCGGGUCAAGUUCCCCAAGCUGCGGAACAAGAGGAUAUGUCUCCUGAUUGCGCAUCCGGAUGACGAGGCUAUGUUCUUUGCGCCGACAGUAUUGGCUCUGACGGAGCCCAGUCUGGGCAAUCAUGUUAAGAUGUUGUGUUUGAGUAGUGGCAAUGCAGAUGGAUUGGGAGAGACUCGAAAGAAAGAAUUGAUCAAGAGCGGACUGGCUCUCGGUCUGCGGCAAGAAGACGACGUAUUUGUCGUCGAGAGCCCGGAGUUCCAAGAUAGCAUGACGACAACAUGGGAUAAAACGAAAAUAGCCACCCUCCUCUCCUCGGCUUUCGCGCCUAAUCUCUCCAAACCAAUGAAGAACAAAUCCAUCGACGCCCCCACCGCGACAAUCGACGUUCUCAUUACCUUCGAUUCGCAUGGUAUCUCCUCUCACCCGAACCAUAUCUCACUGUACCACGGUGCACGUCAUUUCAUCGCAAGCUUAAUACACAAUCGCCCUGGGUGGGCUAGCCCGGUGGAUCUAUAUACUCUUACCACCGUUCCUUUGGUGCGAAAAUACUCUGGGUUCUUGGAUAGUAUGGUGAGUCUACUGGUGAUGAUGGUAGGGAAGAAGAAAAUGGGGGAGCAUCCAAGUCCCUUGAUGUUUUUGAGUGGACCGCAGGAAUAUGGUGUUGCGUGGAAGGCGAUGACGAGUGCACAUGUGAGCCAGAUGAAGUGGUUUCGCUAUGGAUGGAUAAGUUUGAGUCGGUAUAUGACGGUCAAUGACUUGAGGUUGGAGGAGGUUAAGUCGAAAUAGAGUAUGGGAAGAGAAGAGGUGUGUGUUGAUAGGAUUGGGAGAUUGUUUUUAUGGCAUUACGGCAUAUAUGGCAGAUUGUGCAUAUGGUGGUGGAUAUACCCCGAAAUAAUACAUAAAUCACCUCCAUCUCCCCGUCUGCUCUUCAGAU